AUGGAGCACAACGAUAUUGACCAAGACGAAUGCAAUGCCAGGAUUGAUCCAGCUGUGGUGUUGAGAGAGCUGCCAGAGGGAUGCGAUAUAACUUCCAUCAAGACCCAUGGGAUCAGCUUUUGGGCCAAGACUAGUCGAAUUGAUGUUUUGCUCAGCGACGGUUCCCCUCAAUCAUUUUUCAUCAAGAUCCUUCAGCAGGGGGUAGGCAUGAACAUGGCAAAGGGGGAGUUCCAUUCUAUGAGUGCGAUACAUGAAGUUCUUCCAGAAUUUGUCCCAAAGCCCAUCGCUUGCGGCACCUACGAGACCAUCCCAGACACACACUUCUUUCUCUGCGAGUUUCGAGAAAUGAAGGAGGAUAUGCCCGGCCCUGACGAGUUUGCUUCUCGAUUGUCAAAAAUGCACCAGAAAAGUGUAUCGUCUACUGGAAAGUUCGGCUUCCACAUCACAACAUACGCAGGAAAUUUACCCCAGUACGUGGCAUGGGAAGAUAGCUGGGAAACUUUCUUUGCCAAGUCGAUGAGACAAGCACUUGACCUAGAGAUCGAUGUGAAAGGAAAUAGCGACGAGCUGGAGGUUCUCUCGGAAGCUCUUUUCGAAAAGGUCAUACCAAGACUUCUAAGACCUCUUGAGAGUGACGGCAGAACGGUGAAGCCUUCACUAAUCCAUGGAGACCUCUGGCAUGCGAAUACAGGGAUUGAUGCCGAGAGCAACCAACCUCUCAUCUUUGAUGCAUGUUGUUUCUUUGCGCACCACGAAUAUGAGUUUGGCCAGUGGCGACCAGCAUGCAAUAGGUUUGGAGAUGAGUAUAUCGCUGCCUACAACAAGCUUGUGCAAAUUUCGGCACCAGAAGAGGACUUUGAAGGUCGGCUGGACCUCUAUAGGCUGAGAUUUGACACUCACGUCUCAGCCCUUUUUGUCGACAAUAAGACACUUCGGUUCUUGACGUUAUGA